AUGCCAGCUGUUGAGGAGAGGAGACUCAAGAGAGCGAACAAUCAACCACAAAGCCAGCAAGACACGUUGUCGCUUGCCGGCACGGCCUAUGGCCCAAAUGUGGAUUCACCACUAGCUGCUGUGGCAAUGAGGAUAAGGAAAGCUGUGAGCGAGGGCUACAACACGGGAGACGGCAACUUUGGCGGCAAUUACCAACGCGUGCCGCUCCCCAACCACUUGUCGCAACCGCCGCUGUUGAGUUCGUCGCAAUCAACGAGAACCGUGUCGAAUUUGGAAGAAUGGGAUAGCUACUACAGGAUUGAAAACGCUCCUAUCUGGACACUUGACGGUCAUGGAAAGGAAACGUCUCAUUUAAAGAGAAGAUAUGAAGAUUCCCCUGGCGGUCAGCCUGAAAUAGCUCAGUACCAAGCUAAAUAUGGCGAGUUACACUUUAACGAAGAAUUUUGA